GAAGGCGCAAGGACGGCGAGCAGCAGCCUGGUAGUCAGUGGGAAGAGUGGAUGCUUUUGUGCAAAGGCUGCGGACUUUCUGCUCCUCAAAGUAGGAGAAUAGAGAGAAGGAUUCGCCUCUUGUUGGAAAGAUACAAUGCUUUUUAGGUUGCCUGGAUGGAUGUGAAACCAGUCAGACUGGACUGGACUUCGGGCUGAGCGGCUGAUGAGAAGAAGAACCCCACUUUAAACACUGUUCAUUUUACCUUUCCCCCCUCCUCUCUCUCUCUCUUUUCCCCUCUUGUUAUAAAAUGCCAGGAUUUCGUCCAUCAUACUCUGUCCAGUUCAAGCCAGGCUGCUCAUUUGGAAGGACGCCAGACCUCCAGCCUCUCAAAUCUGCAAGUUCAGUCCAAUAAAUUGUGACAUUGUCUGUCAGCCUUGGAAUAAGAAAUCGAUACUCAAGAAAAGGGACGCAGUAUUCUUCCGGAAUUUUAACGAUCCAGUUCCCUGCUAUCCUUAGAAAUAUGCGAUUUGCUUGGAUUAGGUUGGUUUGGUCCGGCUUCACGCUUUUUUAGCUGGAGCAGCGCUGAUAGUGACUGAUUAUUGCUGUUGAUUUUGUCCAUGCAAGACUCGGGGUGGAAACAUGUCUGGCCACUUCUUUGAGAGGAUCACUGCUAUCAGAGAUGGCAUUUUGGUCCAGCACUUCGGUUUUCACCUCUAAAGUGCCCCGGAAAAUCUUAUUCAUGUUCACCCUCUCCCUCUCUGUCACCUACUUGUUCUAUAGCUUGAUGAGCUGCUACAACUCGCUGCAGUUCCCCCUGCAAGAGAACUACGCGUAUCAAGGGAGGCUGGUGACGGAGGAGACAACUUUUGUGACAUUGAGGGAGAAACUUUACUCCGCUUCCCAGGGCUUUACUGAAUUCACCGAGGCCGAGGGAACCACCGCGGUUUCCACCGUAAAGGAUCAUGCUGAGGCCGAACAAAGGACAGUGGAGUGGAUUAGGACUCAGGCGUCUCCAACUAAAUCGGCGGCGGCGUAUCACACCACCGCUCUGGAGAGGGAGCACCAGGAAUUCAGCACCACGGACAGCGAACUCAGGGUGAACUGCACCAUGGAUUAUGGAGAGAAGAAACUUCCCCAAGCCAUCAUCAUCGGGGUGAAGAAAGGGGGGACCAGAGCCCUGCUGGAGGCUCUCAGGGUGCACCCGGACGUGAGAGCCGUUGGGAAUGAGCCACAUUUCUUUGACAGGAACUACGAGAAGGGGCUGGACUGGUACCGAGACCUGAUGCCUUCAACGCUGGAAGGGCAGAUCACCAUGGAGAAGACACCCAGCUACUUUGUGACUAACCAUGCCCCAAAGCGCAUCCACUCCAUGGCCAGAGACAUCAAGCUUAUUAUAGUGGUGCGUAAUCCUGUCACUAGAGCUAUUUCAGACUACACACAGACUUUGUCCAAGAAACCUGAGAUCCCCACCUUUGAGGUUCUUGCUUUUAAGAACCGGACGCUGGGUCUUAUAGACGCCUCAUGGAGUGCGUUGCGUAUAGGAAUAUAUGCGCUCCACUUGGAGAGCUGGAUGCAGUAUUUCCCUCUCUCCCAAAUGCACUUUGUCAGCGGGGAAAGGCUCAUCGUGGAUCCCGCGGGAGAGAUGGCCAAAGUGCAGGACUUCUUGGGGCUCAAACGGAUCGUCACAGACAAACACUUUUACUUCAAUAAAACUAAAGGAUUUCCGUGUCUGAAGAAGCCUGAGGACAGCAGCACUCCCAGAUGCCUCGGCAAGUCUAAAGGGAGAACUCACCCUAAAAUUGAUCCGGACGUGAUUCGGCGGCUGCACAAGUUCUACAAACCCUUUAACAUGAUGUUCUACCAAAUGACCGGGCAGAACUUUGAAUGGGAGCUGGAGGAGGACAGUGAAUCUCGUAGCUCUCAGGACUAGUAGACUGCGGCAUGGCACGGCGCAGCCACACAACCAGCCUUCUUCAAUAAAACUACUAUUGUCUCGCUUCGUCUUCAGAGAGAGUG